UGUCUCGAGGGUGCCACCCCCAGGCGGCAGACGUCACGGAGCUCGACUCCGCCCACCAGCAGCUUGCUGGUUUCUGAUUUGUCUGCCCCCAGUGAUUCAGAAACAGCUGCUGCAUUACUGCAGAUGGACGCGCGUCCAAAACUAUCUCAGAUUUUACACAUGUAUCCAGAACUUGAAAGCCUUUUGAAAACUCCGAGCCCGCAGAAGCCAGCUGUCGACGUGUCAUCGUCACCCAGGGGCGGAACAGUGAAGCCACAAACACGGAGGGCAUCAAUCACACCGAGCGAGGCACCUUUCAGCUACGAGACACCUACGUUACACCGUUUCUUUCCAGUUUCAUAUAAAAAAAUCAACUUCUUCAGAACAGCAGUUCAAACAAAAGCCGAGAGAACCUUUGCCGAUGGUGAGGGAUGAUGAGGCUGCGGAAGAGGAUCAGGACAUGUCAAUUACAGAUGACGACAUCAUCCGGAUCACUGCUUCAGCGGGCAUUCCUCUCCGGAAAGCAAAAGCACUUGAGUUUUCACAGCAAGCUUCAUCAUUCUUGUUAUCUAAGGACUUUAUGAAGCAGUUUUUCCGGCAAUUCACUGAAGCAGCUUCAGAAUUUCAACACGACCCCAUGUCUUCUUUCUCUCGAAUUUUUCUUCCUAGGAAAGGUGCUGCAGAGAAAUUUGAUGAUGCCCAGCAAUCCCUGGUUCCUGUUCUUCGGGAAAAGGAAAAGGAAACAAAACAGGAUGAGGUGCAGCCUCAAAAACAGGUGGAUCCUGGAAAGGAUGAAGCAGCAGCAAAACUGCAAACACAGCAGUCAAUUCCGGAAUUGGACAAGACAAAGGCUUCUGGUGCACCAGAAUUUCUUGCAACAGACUGGACGGAUAUAAGGAAAUAUGCAUUGAAGGGGGAGAUGCUUCCGAUGGGUUCAAGAGGCAUGGCCAUGCCAGUGACUUAUGAUGCACAGGAUGCAAACCCAAGAUGGGAGCGACUGGAUCGUGAAGUCGUCAGGGAUCUGAUGAAAGCCGUUCGUGAUAAUGGAUUGGGGUCUCCGUACUUCAAACAACUUUUAAAAGGGACAUUUAAUAUAUAUGAUUUAACACCAUUUGACCUCAAAUCCCUUGCUUCAAUGAUCCUCACUGACUCACAAUUUAUCAUCUGGGAAGCAAAAUGGAGAAAAGCUCUUAAUGAGCUCAGAGUCAAAUACCAGGGGGGAGCAAAUGCAGGCUUCACCGUUGGUCAAUUGACUGGUGAUCCACCACUUGACAGUCCAGCACGUCAAGCCAGAGUUUUUCCUCGAGAAGUGUUGGCAGACAUCAAGAAUGCAGCCAGAAAGGCAAUGGUGCAAAUUCCACCAGCAGGAGUUACAGAAAGUAGUUUCACAGAUAUAAAGCAAGGUCCUUCAGAAUCUUUCACCUCAUUCAUCAAUCGUCUCACACAAGCAGUGGAGAGGCAAGUCACUGAUGAGGGGGUGAAGUCACAUUUGAUUCAGUGUCUUGCAUUUGCAAAUGUCAAUCCAGAAUGCAAACGUGUCAUCAGUGCAAUGCCAGGCCAACCUUCUAUGGCAGAAAUUCUAGAGGCAUGCAGCAAGGUGGGGACACCACAGCACGUUGCCACGAUUUUGGGGGAUCAGGUGGAAAAGGCUGUCAAAGAAGCAUUCGUGAAUUUUCAACAAAGGCAGUGCUACAAGUGUGGCAAACAGGGGCACUUCAAGAAGGACUGUCCAGAACUUGCAGAGAUCGCAAGCUCACUGGAUGUUUGUCCAAGGUGCGGUAUUCAUGUUUGCAGUGCGUGAGAACAUUGUUGUAACACAGAAAAUCGGUUGGACCGAAGUGGCUGGCGGUGAGGCACAUGAAACCGUACCGAGUCCAGACGCAAGCAGAGGCAGACACCAAGACUGGAGGAAGAGAAGUGGGCACGCAGACCUGAGCCAGUGUCAAGACAGCAGACAUCCCUUCGUUCUACGUGCAAAAGAGACUCUGGGACUUGAGUUUUCUUUGGGGCUUGGGUGGUGUUGCAUUUUUAGGGAUUCCCAUGGGAAAAAAGCCAUUGAAAAUGAAAGAACUAUCCUUGUGCCUCAUUCUCUCCUUAGUUGCCUUGAGCAAUGAGGCAGUUUUGCCCGUGGCUCAAUCAAAAGAGAAUGUUUGGGAAACUCUAGCCAAUGCAUCAGGUUUGGAUACCAUCUGCCUGACACACUCAAGGCCAGGGAAACCCUUUUCAACUUGUUUAGUGGGGUUGCCAGUGAGCAAAUGGCUGAUUCCAGAAAACAACCCUCCAGUGAUUUCAAAGUGCAUUGUGAAUCCAGUGGACCAAUGGGAUGUUUAGACGAAGUUCCUUCCUGUGGCUUCUUUUGAACCUCAGGAACUGGAAAUUCUUGGAUCAGUCCAAAUGCAAUUUUGUGUGAAAUUCGGCCUUUCUGGAGUGGCACAAAAUAAAACUAUAGACGUCACUCCAAACCUCAAUUUUUACAGAAAUUCAUCAUCUUGGUGUAAUUACACUAAGAUGUUUGACAAGCCAUCCAACCAUGCCCCAGCAGAAUUGCCGAGAGGAAACUUUUUCAUUUGUGGGGACAAAAUUUGGCCCACAAUCACCGCAAAUGCCACAGGUGGUCCAUGCAGCAUUGGAAUGCUUUCAUUGCUAACACCCAACAUGACACUGAUGAGAGAACUAAAAUAUAGAGGGAAAAGAUCUAUCAAAAUGUAUGAUCCAAAUUGUGAUGACGAUGUUCACACAUGGAACAAGGCUCAGAGAAUUGCAGUUGCACUUUUUUCACCACAGGCAGCAUCAGGAGUAGCCUUGACACAAUUGGAUCAAGUGGGUUGUUGGCUGAGCAAACAUGCCCGAGCCACUUCUCUUGCACUGACAUGUUAUUAGACGUUGACAGUGUAAGACGAGCAAGUCUCCAAAACAGGGCAGCGAUAGACUAUCUAUUGCUGACCCACAGGCAUGGGUGUGAGGAAUUUGAGGGAAUGUGCUGCAUGAAUUUGUCAGAUCAUUCCAAAUCCAUUCAUGAGAACAUCAAGCAAUUGCAGGAGAGUGUGAACAAACUUGGAGAGGUAACUGGGUCAUGGAUGGAUGGUGUGUUCAAUUUGUUUGACCUUUCACCAUUGUGGAAGGAAAUUUUAAAAACAUUUAUAUAUAUUUUAGUAGGGCUUGUAAUUCUUCUCAUGAUCUUGCCGUGUUUGCUUCGAUGCAUACGGCAGGCCAUGGACCGGGUUGCCAAAGAGGUGUUUUUGGUUCAAACAGGAGGGGGAGAUGUUGGAGUCCAGGGCAUUCCUUUGGCUGCCCUGGAGGGUCAGAGACCUGGACAUGGGGGUCUGGGACCCUGGCCAGGAGCCCAGAGGGACAUUGGCUUUGAUCUCAGUCCAUGGGAAAGGCUUCCUGCACUGCGGGAAGGAUUGCAAGCCACAAGAGUGUGAAAGACAGUAGUUUAGCUUAUCACAGGGUGAGGAAACUGUAGAUUUGGGGUUUUAGUAUUGAAGUGAAUGGGGGCAAGAUGGAGGAUUUGGGGCGUUGUCUCCUGCUUCUUCUUUCUUCUUCCCUCACUCCAUUUUCUGCAGUGACGGUGGCACAAAGUAGUUUAAAGAGAUUGGGUCAAAGUAGGGAUGACCUGUUUAGUAUAAGUGAUAGGUAUUGGCAAAUAAUGAUAAAUAAAGAAUACGUAGCAAUUAGUAUAAAAGACAGAGACAGCCCAGUCCGGGAGGAGUCACCAGAUGCCCGAGCAGCUGCACAGACCUUUGUUGGGCACUGAGAAAAUUGUAAGAUAAGAAACAAUAAACGAAGCGUGCAACCUUGAAAAAUCAGAACCUGAAGACUCCAUCUCUUUCUUGCGUUUGGCUCAGAGCUUUGCAGAGGGCAAAAAGUCUCUAAAACCACCUGAAUCUCAGAGAAAAAAUCCGAGAGGAAAUGUGAUGGGAUAUUGGGGACUGUGAAACUUGGCACGACAUAAAUGGUAUGGAAUAAGGGGUAGAUAUUUUCCUGGUUUCAGCAGGGAUAGAGUUAAUUUCUUCUCAGUAGUCGUUACAGUGCUGUGUUUUGGAUUCAGAAUGAGAAUGAUGUUCAUAACACGCCAAUGCUUUGUUUGUUUGCUAAGUUGUGUUUAUUCAAAGUCAAAGACUUUUUUCUUUGUCACAUGCUCUGCCAGUGAGGAGGUUUGCAAAAGAAACUGGAAGGGAACCCAGCUGGGAAAGGUGACCCAAACUGACCAAAGGGAUAUUCCAUAUCAUAUAACGUCAUGCCCAGUAUAUAAACUUGGGGGAGUUACCCAGAAGGGUGGCUGUUCUGGGUUUGGGAAAGGGGGCCUAGCAUCAGUCAGUGGGUGGUGAGAAAUUGCAUUGUGCAUCACGUGUUUGUUUCCUUUUUAUCAACAUUAUUAUUAUUUACCAUUAUUAUUGUAUUGUACUUUAUUUUCCAUUAUUAAACUGUUCUUAUCCCA